AGUUGAGUUUGGAAGGCGCAGUUGUAGAAGGGUGAGCGAAGAUGUUUCCUCAGGAAAAUCAUAGUAACGGCUAUCAGCAGGGGCCGGGGGUGGGUUACAGUCACAGAGAGCGAGUCCGUCGUGGCACUCGCAGGUCACGUGCCUCCACUUCCUCCGUUAGGGUUUACGACCAGCACCAACCGCAACAUCGACCUCCUUGCACUGAUUUCGACGUCGCCUAUUUCCAUUCCUACGCUCACCUUGGCAUCCACCAAGAGAUGAUCAAGGAUCGUGUGCGUACUGAAACAUACAGGGAUGCAAUCAUGCAGCAUCAGAGUUCCAUUGCAGGCAAAGUUGUGGUUGAUGUUGGAUGCGGUACGGGAAUCCUUUCUAUAUUUUGUGCUCAGGCUGGUGCAAAACGGGUGUAUGCUAUUGAUGCCAGUGACAUUGCCCUGCAGGCAAAUGAAGUUGUGAAAGCAAAUAACUUGUCUGAUGUCAUUGUUGUAUUGCAUGGGCGAGUUGAGGAUGUUGAAAUUGAUGAAGAGGUGGAUGUUAUAAUUUCAGAAUGGAUGGGCUAUAUGCUUCUAUAUGAGAGCAUGCUUGGAAGUGUUAUUAAUGCUAGAGAUCGUUGGCUCAAACCUGGUGGUCUUAUUCUUCCUUCAAGUGCAACGUUGUACAUGGCUCCUGUCACACAUACGGACAGAUACAGUGACAGUGUUGACUUCUGGCGCAAUGUUUAUGGAAUUGACAUGUCUGCCAUGGUAUCACUUGCUAAACAAUGUGCAUUUGAAGAACCUUCCGUGGAGACAAUAACUGGUGAAAAUGUUUUGACAUGGCCACAUGUGGUAAAAUAUAUUGAUAGUUAUUCUGUUACCGUCCAAGAGUUAGAAUCUGUAACAGCCAAGUUUAAGUUCAAUUCCAUGAUGCGAGCACCAUUACAUGGUUUUGCAUUUUGGUUUGACGUUGAAUUUAAUGGGCAUGCAAUAUCAUCUACCAAUUAUCAAUCAACUACUUCAUUUGUUGACAAUCAUCAGAUGAAUGGUAGUCAGAGAAAAAGGCGAACAAACCCAAAUGAAGCACUGGUCUUGUCCACUGCGCCUGAGGACCCUCCAACACAUUGGCAGCAGACGUUGAUAUACUUUUAUGACCCUAUAGAGCUGGAACAAGAUCAACUAAUUGAAGGUUCAGUGACAUUGUCACAAAGCAAAGAAAAUGCUCGAUUUAUGAAUAUUCACCUUGAAUAUACUUCAGGUGGUCGAUCGUAUGUGAAAGAGUCUGUUAUGAGAUGAUGAUCUUUUCAUGCAUUUUGGCAGUGUCUUUUGAUCGUAUGUGAAAGAGUCUGUUAUGAGAUGAUGAUCUUUUCAUGCAUUUUGGCAGUGUCUUAUGCAUUAACACUUGCACAACAUCCUCGAACUGCAGCUUAUAUCUUUUCUGACUUCGUUUCUCCUAGAGAACUGAGGUAGCAGUUUGGUUCUUGAAAAUCACUAAUCUCUGCUUGCUAGAUUAGAAUGGAGCAACUGACGAACUUGUUAGCAUAGAGUUAGGUAAAUCACAUGAAAUUUUGUUGUAAUUUAUUUGAUACCAAAUACAUCAUUGAGGCGGAUUAUUUAUGUUAUAAUUUGUCCUUUCUAAAGCCUUUAUUGUGGGGCCGACUCGUUUCAAUUUUUUCUUGGAGUCUUACUGUAACAUAGAGCUGUUUUGAACCAUAUAUUCUUGUCGAUUUUAUUUUAUGUUCGUUAAAAA